UCAAACACGCUAGGAUAGAGAACUGGUGGGCUCGGUACACUAGGUUUCACUAUUCCCCGGGUCUUGACCAAACAGCGAGUUAGAAAGGUUUCCUUGGCGGCUUUUCUGGGUGCCGACCCUGCGCCUCCCCGCAGAGCGGUCACAUAGGCAAGAGGGGCGCAGGAGACCCAAGGGAAGGGGCCGAAAGGCGCCUGAUUGACAGCCCGAAAUCUGAUCUUGUGAAAGAGACGUGGAGCCAAUGGGAGGCAGCGAUCCAUCAGUUUGGAUUGGAGGCCCCUGGAGGAGAAGUAGAGGAAAAACCACCGAAUUGAGCUCGGUCAGAGGCGCUUUCGGCUUCCAAGGGGAAGUGCUGGGCAAUAAUUAAUGUUUUUAUUAAAUUUGGAGGGAAUUUUUUGCAGCCGUUCGCCUAGCGUGGCCUUCAGGUUGAUAGAAGUCCAGAUCCCGAGGAAAUCUCCAGCUAAAUGCUCAGAAUCUAAAACACUGAGCUAAUAUUUGCGAAGAGCAGCAAAAUGGAUGGAUUUUAUGACCAGCAAGUGCCUUACGUGGUCACCAACAGUCAGCGUGGGAGAAAUUGUAACGAGAAACCAACAAAUGUCAGGAAAAGAAAAUUCAUUAACAGAGAUCUGGCUCAUGAUUCAGAAGAACUCUUUCAGGAUCUGAGUCAGUUACAAGAAACAUGGCUUGCUGAAGCUCAGGUACCUGACAAUGAUGAGCAGUUUGUGCCAGACUAUCAGGCUGAAAGUUUGGCUUUUCAUGGCCUACCACUGAAAAUCAAGAAAGAACCCCACAGCCCAUGUUCAGAACUCGGGUCUGCCUGCAGUCAAGAGCAGCCCUUUAAAUUCAGCUAUGGAGAAAAGUGCCUGUACAGUGUCAGUGCCUAUGAUCAGAAGCCACAUGUGGGAAUGAGGCCCUCCAACCCCCCGACACCAUCCAGUACUCCAGUGUCCCCACUACAUCAUGCAUCUCCAAACACAGCUCAUACUCCGAAACCUGACCGGGCCUUCCCAGCUCACCCCCCUCCUUCUCAGUCCAUACCAGACGGCACCUACCCCAUGGACCACAGAUUUCGUCGCCAGCUUUCUGAACCCUGUAAUUCUUUUCCUCCUUUGCCGACAUUGCCAAGGGAAGGGCGUCCUAUGUACCAACGCCAGAUGUCUGAGCCAAACAUCCCCUUCCCACCUCAAGGCUUUAAGCAGGAGUAUCACGACCCAGUCUAUGAACAUAACACCAUGGUUGGAGGUGCAGCCAGCCAAAGCUUUCCCACUCCUCUGAUGAUCAAACAGGAACCCAGAGACUUUGCAUACGAUUCAGAAGUGCCUAGCUGCCACUCCAUUUAUAUGAGGCAAGAAGGCUUCCUGGCUCAUCCAAGCAGAACAGAAGGCUGCAUGUUUGAAAAGGGCCCCCGGCAAUUCUAUGACGACACCUGCGUCGUUCCGGAGAAGUUCGAUGGGGAUAUUAAGCAAGAGCCAGGAAUGUACCGGGAAGGACCCACAUACCAGAGGCGAGGAUCCCUUCAGCUUUGGCAGUUUUUGGUAGCUCUUCUGGAUGACCCUUCCAACUCUCAUUUCAUUGCCUGGACUGGACGAGGCAUGGAAUUUGAAUUGAUUGAGCCUGAAGAGGUGGCCCGGCGUUGGGGCAUUCAGAAGAACAGGCCAGCUAUGAACUAUGACAAACUUAGACAUUCUCUUCGCUAUUACUAUGAGAAGGGGAUCAUGCAAAAGGUGGCAGGAGAGAGAUAUGUCUACAAAUUUGUGUGUGACCCGGAAGCCCUUUUCUCCAUGGCCUUUCCGGAUAACCAGCGCCCACUGCUGAAGACGGACAUGGAGCGUCACAUCAACGAGGAGGACACGGUGCCUCUGUCUCACUUUGAUGAGAGCAUGGCCUACAUGCCAGAAGGGGGUUGCUACAACCCCCACCCCUACAACGAAGGCUACGUGUACUAAAAUGAGUGACACUCAAGCAGGGCGCCCCGCGCUUCGCAUCUUUUUGUCAAGAUAGAGAGAAUCAACAAAUUCUCUUCAAUCUUUGUUUUAUUUUUGUUGUUUGUAUUUUAUUUUUUAAAUAAUAAUACAAACGGGGGCUUUUCCUGUUGCAUUAUUCUAUGGUCUGCCAUGGACUGCGCACUUUAUCUGAGGGUGGGUGGGAGUAAUCUAGACAUUGAUUCUUUGUAACAGGAAGAUGGUGGGCGAGUGGGCAGAGGGAACUGGGGGAUUCUUUUUACUUAGGCUUGGGAUGGGGUCCUACGGGUUUUCUGUAUGAUGAAGCUAUAUCAUGUUUGGUCGAUUUCAUAAUAACAUAAGAUAAUUUUCUCGGUAUCUACGGCACAUUUGAUUUCACAUUGUGUAAAUAUCUACUUGGAGACUAUUUGCCUUGGGCAUUUCCCCAUCAUUACUGAAGUCUUUGCAGGUGUACAAAAAUCUACUGUAAAUGGCAGUUUAAUGUUAGAAAUGACUGUUUUUGCACCUCUUGUAAAAAAAAAAGGUAUUUAGCAAUUGCAUUUGUUGUUCUUUCUGUUCCAUUUUGCUUUACAGAGGACUUGUAAGAGAUAAGCAUAAAUGUGGGCAGUUCUCUCUGAAUUUGAGUAGUUGCCUUGAGUGUACAUGAAGGGCACAAUUUUGGACUCUGGCUCCCGUUGAGUCAUAGGCCAGUAGCAUUACAUGUAUCUGGUGCCAUCUUGCUGUUUCAGUACAAAGACUGUCUUUUCAAUAUGUUGAUGCCCAUUUCAGUUAACUAAUGACAUGUCAUGAUCCUUUGUAAUCUUCACGUAAGUGUUAAAUCUGGGAUCACAAUGAAGCAAAAAAAGAAAAAAAUUACCUGUCUCCUUUCACUAUCUUCAGUACAUAAAUACAUUAUUUAAUCAAUAAGAAUUAACUGUACUAAACCACAUAUUAUGCUGUUCUAGUUACAGCAAGCACUCUUUAAGAAAAAUAUCCACUACACUAAAUAGGUACUAUAGUAAUUUUUAGACAUGGUACCCAUUGAUAUGCAUUUAAAUGUUUCACUGCUGUGUUCUGUUGAUAACAUAUAUAAAUAUUAGAUAAUGCUAAUGCUUCUGCUGCUGUCUUUUCUGUAAUAUUCUCUUUCAUGCUGAAUUUACUAUGGCCAUUUAUAAGCAAUGCAGUUAACUACAGAUAGCAUUUCAGGACAAAAUAGAUGACUCAAAUCAUUUAUUGCUUAAGAAAUAGCUUACACCAUGCUAUGCUAUAAGCAGCUUUUAUGCACAUUGACAAAUGAAGAGUGAGCUUCAGCUUGCUAAGGGAAAUUGUGGAAACUUUUGUAACUUUUGGUGAAAUGGAACAUUGUUUAUGAGCUGUUAAAGAAUACGAGGAAGUUGUUGUGUGACACAGAGUUGGUACUGAUGUUGUCCAUCAUCUCCUCCUGGACACGUCUGUAAAUGUGAUCAGAUUGUAUGAAAGAAGAUUCAAAGAUCUCAAGUUUCAAAGUUUUGCCGUUGUUUUUGUUUUGUUUUACAUUUAAAAACAACAGCAUUGAAAGUAUGCCACGUUGUUCCAUUCACUCUGAAAACCAUAAGGAAAUGGUGUCUUAAUAACCCUGAGUAGCAGCUUUCAAGAUCCAAGCAAAGGAAAUGAAUUGUGUUCAAUCUGUUACUAUUCUGGAGAACAACUUUGUAAAGAAUCUGUACGAAAAUAUUUAUUUUUUAGAAAAUCCUUAAACACAAAGCCCAAAUAAACAUAGGAAAGCAUUUCUGAGCAGGAGAAAGACCUUGUGGAGAUAAGCCCUCGGUACUCAUUUUCCCAGGCUCAGCAGAUCACAGUUGUUUCUCUAAAUCCACAGUUCCUUCCUUCACUCUCCGCACGCCCAAGCCAGUACUAGCUACAUCCUCCAGAAACGUUUUGAUGCCUAGGUAUGUCUAUAAAUGAUUUCACUGACUGUGCUGCGUGUGUGUCCCUUGGCCUUUCACAGGCUGAUAUAUGCCUUAACAAUCAGGACACCCACCGUGACCAUGUAGCUCUUUACAGCACUUAGAAUAAAAACCGACUUUCUAAAUAACCAGUGAAAUAUUUCCUGGACAGACAACUGAGAUGUAUGAUUGGGCUAUUUGGUAAAACAGAAGGAAAUUCUGAGUACAUCUUUAAAUGUAAAUCGUAUUGAGGAGUCUUUUCUUUUUCUAUUGUUCUUUUUUUUCCUUUUUAAUAUUCUUGUUCUAGUCAGUCAGGGAGGAUGAACUGGACCCUGAGCUGUUUUAAAGGAUCACAAAAAUGAAGGUAUUAAUUCUCAUAUCUAAGGACAACUACAAGUUCUGUUGUCAUAGGUAGUGACUUAAUGAACUAAAUAAGUCAUCAGCAAACAUUAAGUUUAUUCCUAAUAUGGAAAAAUUCAAAAUAGAGCAUCAUAACUUUAGCAAAAUGAAAAAAAAAUUUGAUUUUUUUCUGUUUCUUUUUCUUUCAGGUAGAUUAAUAAAUAUAGCAGCUGAUUUCUCAAGAUUCUUGCAUUUUGUAAUUUCAACAGCAUUGGCUAUCAAACAUACAAAUUAGUAAAGUAAUGUUUGUCUUCAACUUGGUAAAAGAAAUGAAAAGAUAUAUCCACUAAUGUUUGAUGUCUCUCAUUGAAGAUGUGCACAUAUCCAACAAUCUCUUAAAAUGAAAAAUAUUAUCUUCCAAAUAAUCAGUGAGAAAAUAUUUUAUUAGGGUUGUUUCAAAAUGAAACUCUACAAACCUGAGAGUGUGUAGUAUUUCUUCAGAUCACAGAAACCUUGCUACCUGUAGAUGUUGUAACAAGUGACUUACUUUAGUAUCAACACAAAUUUAUCUUCUUACAGUUCUGAAGGUUAAACUUUCUUUUUUUUCUUUUCUUUUUUUUAUUUUUCUAUUUAAAAAAUUUUUAAAUUCAUUUUACAUACCACCCCUCUCCUCCCUCUCCCACCUCUCCCCACCCCCCCUGCCCCCCACCCCACCCCCCCUGCCCCCGACCGCCUCCAUCCCCUCCCAUGAGGGGACAGCAAAGCCUGGUACAUUCAGUUGAGGCAGGGCCAAGCUCCUCUCCCCUGCAUGAAGAGUGAGCAAGGAGUCCGACCAUAGAUAAUGGGAUCCAGAAAGCCAGCUCAUGCACCAGGGAUAGAUCCUGACCCCUCUGCUAGGGUCCCCUCAAACAGAAUCAGCUACACAACUAUCUACCAUUUGCAGAGGGUCUAGUUCGGUCCCAUGCGGGUUCCACAGAGGUCAAAAUUUCAAAGUCAGCCUUAAAGGACUAAAACCAAGAUGUUGGCAAAGCCACUUCCUUUUGGAGGCUCUAAAGGGGCAUUUUUUUUUUUUUUUUCAGUUUUCGGGCCGCCAGCAUUUCUUGACUACUAGUUAUAAUGUUUCAAUGUUGCCUCCAGGGUCACAUCCCUUCCUCUCUGUUGUCACAUCUCCUGACUUCCUUCAAGGACACUUGUGAUUGUCUUUAGGGUUUACCUAGAAAAUCCAGGUUGAUCUGGCCCUCUUAGGCUCCUCAAUCACAUGUCAUGUCCCUUUUGACAGAUAAACACUUCAUAGGUUUCUGGGAUUAUAAUGUGGUUAUGGGGCAAUGCUGGUGAAGGCUGUUUAUUCAACUUUGUUCAGCUUCCCACACAGAUAAAGACCCCAGGGAGCAAAUUCCUAAUUGAUUUAUUCAUGAACAAGAAGUUCUAUUGACGUAGAUAGGAUUAGUAUGACUCAUUUUUGUCAUUUACCAUUCAGAUUAUCUCCCCUUAUUUUGCAUAAAUACUUUUGAAAAAAAUCUCUGGGUUAAAAAUUCACCUGUUCUAGUAAAUUUUCUGGGUUAUACAUCAAGCCUUUAUAAGAAUUAAAGAUCCCUCCUAUCCUGGUCAAGCACACUAUGAUAGGAAAAAUAACUAAGCUGUGAUAAUAACGAUAAUAAUGGCAGUAGCACAGUUACAUCUGCUCAUGCCAUAUUAUGUUUUCAAAAAGAAUUUUUUAGUAUCAGUAAUGAGUUGAUUCCUUAUGAUUUUCACAUCUGCAAAUGAUAACUGCUUGUUCAAUAAGAACGAUAAACAAAAUGUCUCUUAUUAAUUAAAGGAACAAUUGUAAAAACUGAGUCCGCUUCUCUUUAUAUGACAAUGAAGGACAUUUCUUGCCCGAUGUCACAGUAUUUGGACUAGAUUACAGCGUUCUAAAAUGAAUCAUGUUUUUGAUCAUGCAGCACUUCCCAGGUUGUAGGAUAAAACGUCAUGGAAAAAAAUCAGUUGAAUUGCCUAACAAUUUUUUAAGUCAGAAACAAAUAGGCUAUUUUCAGGCAGUUUGGUAUGGAGAAGAAAGAUUAAAAGUUGGCAAAAUAAGGGAAAGAAUCAACUUAUUAACAGCACAAAUGUAUGCUGGACAAUUGCAACAAGAAUUGUGUAGAAGCUAAGUUUCAUAGAGGUGUUUGUGUCCCAUUUGAUCUUAAAGAGUCAGGCAGGUACUGCCCUAGCAAAACAGAGACAUGGCGGCUGCUACCUGGGUUCUUUGGAAAGCUGAUCAAAUUCAGUGAGGACUCAGCUAGUAUUUUUAGGCCCUGAUUUUUUCUUAAAGUGAGACUGACUUAGACACUUUAUUUAAAAAAAAAAAAAAGCAGUUUAUGGAAAAGUAUAGUUUAAGAACAAACUGCACUUAGAAUAGCGGGUGCCUUUAUGGAAAUAUUGAUGGUUUGGGAAUGUUCCAUGAAAAUGUAUAUAUAAUAGCUGUGGUUUAAGAAUCCAUAUAUAAGAUAGGUUUUCUUUUUGCAUAUAAACUCCGAUAUUCUUAGUUCCAUUCAAAAAUUAUGUUUCUAUGGGGGAGAUUUUUUUCUUAAUUUGCUUGGUUGUAUUAAGAUUAUAAUUACAGUUUGAGGAAAUUAUGAAAUUCAUGUGGUGAUAGCAAAUUAAAUAUGCUUAAAAUUUAAGUAUAAAAUAAAAGCCCAGAAAUUGAAA